UGUACUUUGCCUCUCCGCUCCCUGACUCACUCCCGGGCAGGGGCCUCUUCUUCCAUCUGCUCUGGCCCCCUCCGCAGACGGUCCGCAGGUCUGGCCCUGGCUCGGGCCUCAGGAUGGAGGUCAGAGGGCAGCUCAUCAGCUCCCCGAGCUACAAUUGCCCAGCACUGCCCUUGGAAGAGAGUCCCCCAGUGAAGGUGGAGAGACUUCGGGUGCUGCUGGAACGACAGCGAGGACUGCAGGAGACCCUGUCUCUGAAGCUUCGAGAACUCCGAAGGGUCUGCCUGCUAGAGGCGGAGCUGACGGGCCGGCUGCCGGCCGAGUACCCCCUGGAGCCUGGGGAGCAGCCUCAUCCCGUCCGUCGCCGGGCCGCCCCCGUUCCCCCGCCACCCUGGGGGCUCUGCCCCUCUGGGGUGCUAGCACUGGAGUCGCUCGAGAGAGAAGUAUCCGUUCAGAGGCAGAUCGCCGCCGCUGCCAGACGCCUAGCACUGGCCCCAGAGUUGAGUCUGGAGCAGCAGCGGCGGCGGCGGCAAGUACAGGCGGAUGCGUCCCAGAGACUUCUGGACCUGGAAGAGCAGCUGAGGGCCAGCCGAGCUCAUCUGGGCCUUCCGCUCACCCUGCUUCCUGGCCAGACCCAGCCUCCACCGGGCCACGGAGGUCCUGGCCUUCCCGGGCUCAGGACCCGAGUGGCCCAGCUGAGCCAAGAUGAUGCCUCCCGCUCAGAGAGCAGCUCCCUCUCAGAGUCCGCCAGCCACGAGAAUGAGGAUUCCCAUAGCGAGAGGCCUUCACUCCCAAAGGCCAGGGACCAGUUGCGAGUAUCGGUGUCAGCAGGGGGCAGCCCUGAGCGGCGACCAGCCUGGAAAGCGACACCCCCUCCGCCGGUGGUGGAGCUCUAUGGAGACCCAAAGAGUCGCCGCAACUCUGUGGCCAGCCCUACCAGCCCCACGAGGACUCUCCCCAGGAGCAUAUCCAGCUUCGAGGGCAGAAGUGUUCCUGCCACGCCUGUCCUGGCCCGAGGCCCCGCAGCCCAGCUCUGUAGGCUGGAGGGCCUUCACUCCCGACAGUGGUCUGGCAGCCAGGACUCACAGAUGGGUUUUCCACACACGGAUGGCCCCUGGGAGCGGGCCUUCCUGCUCUCUGGCCGAACCCGGCGGAGCAACAGUUCUGAGGCCCUGCUGGUUGACCGAAGCACUGGGAUCUCUGGCUUCGCGUGUGCUCGCCUCCCCCCAGAAGGGCCCCCAGCAUCGCCACCGUGCCAAAGCAACGAGAGUAUUUUUGAACGACCGGCUCCGAUGCCACCCCUGGCUUUCUCUUCUCGAACAGCUGGGCCCCCAGACCUUCCCCGGGCUGCCCGGCCCAGCUCAGCUGCCCCACCAGCUCCCCGAGGGAGGCCCUUGCCAGCCUACAGUGACCUGCUACUGGAUUACUACCUGGCCCGAGGUGGACAAUGCUGGACUGAGGGCCCGAGCCACCUUUCCCGCAGGGACGGCCUCUUCAUCGUCUUUCCCCCAGCUCCCUCAGCACUUCACGGGAAUGGCGGAGGUGGCAUUGGCAGCCCCCUCCUUCGCGCCAAGGACCUGGCACCCCAUGGAGGCCCUGGACGUGGGCUAACGGGCCGCACCAAAUCUGAUGAUGGGGGCCCGCUACCUGGAUCCUUUUGGGCAGGCCCUGGGCCAACCCGUUACCACAGUCAGCCAGACCAGGCAGCAGCUGAUCCCCGUGGGGGUCACAAGGCCCUGGCCCUCGAAGGCCUCCGGGACUGGUACAUUCGAAAUGCGGGCUCAACAGGAGGGGGUGCUGUGACAGGUCUUCACCCCUCGGCCCGGGGCUUCCUUCCAGAGGGCCAGGCCUUGCAUCCCUCCCCGUUCUCCUGGCAUCACUCUAGUUCCCCCCAAGGCCUCCUGUUGCAUACUGCCCAUGGCCAUGAGGCUGGCCCUGAGCCAUACCUGGGCUAUGCUGGAGUGGCUUUGCCUUCGGUGGCGGCGGCGGCAGCGGCAGCCCUACCUCAUUCCCUCAGCUUCACGGCACCUCCUGCCUCUGGCAG